AUGGUACAUACCGAAGUGAAAUCUCACAAAUGCGGAGUGUGUGGUAAAACAUUUAAGAGAAAAGAUAAUUUGCAUCAGCAUGAAAUAAUUCAUACCGGUGAAAAACCAUAUCAAUGCGAAUUUUGUGGCAAAUCAUUUAAUCAUCAAUCGAAUCUAGCCAGGCACAAGAGAGAGAUACAUAACAAUGAAAAACUUUACAAGUGUGCCCAAUGUGAGAACUGUUAUGCAACAAAACAAAGUUUGCGUCAUCAUAUAAACGUGAAGCACAACGCUACCCCCUCGGAAGCUUUAAGACAAAGUAAUAGUGAUGUAUAUACCGACGUGAAACCUUACAUAUGCGGAGUGUGUGACAAAACAUUUAAGAGAAAAAGUGGUUUGCACAAGCAUGAAAUAAUUCAUACAAGUGAAAAACCAUAUCAAUGCGAACUUUGUGAUAAAUCAUUUAUUCGAAAAUCGAGUCUAAACACGCAUCAGAUGGCACAUAUCAAUGCGAAACCUUACAAGUGUGACCAAUGUGAGAAAAGUUUCACAUCAAAACAAAUGUUGCGUUAUCAUAUAAAUAGGAAGCACAACGCUAAAAGACCGUAUAAAUUUGAUGAAUAUCCAACUACAUCUAUCUAUUUUCCAUUCGAUAUUACUCAUACAAAAAUACAUACAGAUGAGGAACUACAUCUUUGCGAGAUAGAUCAGCAGUUGGGCAAUCGAAUAAACGGAGUCGGAGCAGGAAGGAUGGAUGAUAACAGCGAUAAGGAGGUUAGCAAGUAA